AUGAGGGAUACGAGGAGCGGGCGGCGAUUGUGGCUCACAAUCGAUGCGUUAAACUCAUGAAGGACAUGCAUUAUGAGGCGCAAGUCCAGUGCGUCAUCAACUAUUGUGCACAUUUCCUAAAGCAGAAGAUCGGGAAGUCUGAGGCGAGGGAUUUGAAGCUGACUCGAGAGCAAUAUUUACAGGUUCCUGCGUGGUGGUGUCGUAAUGACACCAUGUGCUGGGAGCGCAUAGUGGACAAGUGGUUCGACCCCGAGUGGCAGGCUUUGCACGACGCUGGCCGGCAGCGGCGAUUGCUGAUGCCAGGUCCAGCGCACCAUCAAGGCAGCCUCAACAACGACGAGUACAGGGCUAGAUGGUCGUCCUCACAUGAAGGCCAGGAGUGCCCCCCGUUCCUGGGAUGGGCUCUGGCCCGCAAGGGCAAGGCGACAUCCAACAUCACCUACAACCCUGACGACCCGCCCUCGGCGUACAGCAACCCGUCCGUCCACAAUCGUAUCCAGGCGUACACAGAGAUGGGAAGACAGAAUCUAUCGGCGGCAUCGAAUACGCUAGAAUUGUCACCGGGCAUCUCACCGACGCUCCCACAGCAGUUGUUCCCACCUCAGUUCGGCGGCGCCCCACCGUUCGACGACCCACCACAGCCAUAA